CCACUGGGCUAUCAACUCCUCAGGCCUGUCCAACCUUCCUCCGAUCCUCAACGCGGAAGAGGUUUUCACAGCGAUGCAAUUCAAUCCGCUCGUGACAAACACCGACGAUGCGGAUGCCAUCAAUGCCAUCAAGGAACUAUAUCGGGUCAAGAGAAGUUGGAUAGGUGACCCAUGUGUUCCCCAACAAUACCCAUGGGAUGGAGUGAAUUGUAGCUACGGAACAAAUCCAGCAAGGAUCAUAUCAAUAAAUUUAUCUUCGAGUGCAUUGUCCGGUUCUAUAUCCUCCUCGUUUGCCAUGUUUGCAGCAAUCAAGUACCUGGACUUAUCUUACAACAACCUAACGGGAUCAAUACCUGAUGCUUUAGGAGCAUUGUCAUCACUCCAAAUCCUAAAUUUGACGGGUAACAAUCUUACUGGAACAAUCCCGAGUUCCCUUCUUCAAAAACAAAAUCUAGUGUUCAGUCAUGGAAGCAAUCCAAAUCUUUGUCCUGGGGGAACUUCAUGUGGAGGAGAAAAGAAGAAGCAUUCAAGUGUUGCUAUUAUUGCGGUUGUAUGUGUUGUUUCUGUGGUUCUACUUAUUGUGGCCAUAUUCAUAGUAUGGACAGUGAUAAAAAAACGAGGAACAAGUAUGACUACCUACUCAGAGCAGAAUGUUGCACAACCGAUGAUAGAAAAUAAUGCUCAAGAAAGUCCUUUGCCAAUUGAGAAUCGUGUGUUUACGUACAAGGAGUUGGAGAGAGUAACUAAUUACUUUAAAAAGCAGCUUGGCAAAGGCGGAUUUGGUCCCGUCUUCCAUGGGUACUUGAAAAACGAUGUUCAAAUUGCUGUCAAGAUGCUAUCUCAAUCAUCUUCACAAGGCAUGAAAGAGUUUCGUGCUGAGAUUCAAAACUUGACAAGGAUUCAUCACAAGAAUCUUGUUUCUUUGCUUGGUUACUGCAUGGAGGGGGAUAAGUUGGCACUUGUCUAUGAGUACAUGCCACAAGGAACCCUACAAGAUCAUCUUACAGGUAAAUUUCACAGUGAAGCUACUUACAGUUGGGCACGACGUCUUAACAUUGCAAUUGGAGCCGCACAAGGAUUGGAGUAUUUACACACUGCAUGCAACCCACCACUCAUCCAUAGAGAUGUGAAGAGUUCAAAUAUCCUGUUGAGUGAAAGUCUAGUAGCCAAAGUAGCAGACUUUGGACUGUCAAAGUCUUUCAACAUGGACAAUCAUACUCAUAUACCUAAUGCAUCUGCAGUGGUUGGUACACCUGGCUAUAUUGAUCCAGAGUACUCUUCGUCGAACCAAAUCAGCGAGAAGAGUGAUGUCUAUAGCUUUGGAGUGAUUAUCCUUGAGUUGGUUACAGGCCGACCUCCUGUGGUGCGAGCUAUGAAUUCUAAUGCUAUCAGUUUAGUUCAAUGGGUACGCCAAAGGCUUGCCAAAGAGGACAUUGAGAACAUUAUCGAUAGAAAUCUGAGAAUGGGCCACGACAUAAAUUCCAUUUGGAAGGCUGUUGAUCUUGCAUUGCGAUGCACAGAGCUAGACCAUCGUCAGAGGCCAACUAUGGCUCGUGUUGUGAAGGAACUGAAUGAGAGUUUGGAAUUAGAAUGUGCUUAUUCUGAGGGCUUUACAACUGGAGGAAGCCAGACUGAUACAAUAAGUGUCGCUUUUGAAGUCGAACCACCAUCGUUCUUUGCUCCAGGAGCGAGAUAAAAAAUAUUGCAAGAAAAUUGAGUUGUCUGCUGUUUGAAAGCUUGAUAAAUCUUUUAGUGGGUUUGUGAUGUAGAGAUUGUA